GUUUGUUUGAGUUGUAACACAACUUCCGGUGCAGCAGGGGGCGCUGCGGCCGCUGGAGGCGGCGAACAGCAGAAGGAACAACUACGGAAAAAGCUUUAUUAUCAUUAGCCUGUCAGGGUCCACAGGGAAACUUUCAGAUUGUUUUUCCCCCCGCUGUGCUCCCCCCACCCCCCGCCUGACGCUGCAGGACUGUUGGGACUCCAGCUCCUCGCCCGACCCGCCAACAUGCCGGCAGCACUUCAGGACUCCAGUCAGAUCAUCUGUGAYGUCUGGGCGAGCAACGUGGAGGAGGAGAUGAGGAAGAUCCGGCAGGUCAUUCAGAGCUACAACUARGUGGCCAUGGACACGGAGUUCCCCGGGGUGGUGGUGCGACCGAUCGGGGAGUUUCGCAGCACGGUGGACUACCAGUACCAGCUGCUCCGGUGCAACGUGGACCURCUGAAGAUCAUCCAGCUGGGCCUGACGUUCAUGAACGAGGACGGGGACUAUCCUCCGAACACGACCACGUGGCAGUUCAACUUCAAGUUCAACCUGACAGAGGACAUGUACUCGCAGGACUCCAUAGACCUGCUGCAGAACUCGGGCCUGCAGUUUAAAAAACACGAAGAGGAAGGCAUCGACACGCUUUACUUUGCUGAGCUCCUCAUGACCUCGGGCCUGGUGCUGUGUGAAAACGUCAAGUGGCUCUCCUUCCACAGUGGCUACGACUUCGGCUACCUGGUGAAGCUCCUGACGGACGCUCGGCUUCCUGAAGAGGAGCACGACUUCUUUCAGAUCCUCAACCUGUUCUUUCCUGCCAUCUACGACGUCAAAUACUUGAUGAAGAGUUGUAAGAGUUUAAAGGGUGGGCUGCAGGAAGUAGCGGACCAGCUGGAGUUGAAGCGGAUCGGACGGCAGCAUCAGGCUGGAUCAGACUCGUUGCUCACAGGGAUGGCUUUCUUCAGGAUGAAAGAGUUGUUUUUUGAAGACAACAUCGAUGAUGCAAAGUACUGUGGCAGACUCUACGGCCUGGGCUCGGGCUCCAGCCAACCCCAGAACGGCCUGUCCAGUUCGGGACCAGAGGAGACCAACAACAAGCACUGACCCCGUCGGCCCGGCCCGGCUCGGCUCGUUUUUAAACCUAACGGGUUCCCGCUCCCUCGUCACCGAAUCCCUCCGAGCCCGGCAGCUCUCCGGUGGACUCGUGGAGGAGAGCGGACCCCGGCAGCGGUUCGACCCGUCUCUUUUUUUAAAAUCCAAUUUUAAGACCAGACAGUUGGACUAGUUUUGUUUUUUUAUGAAAUUUUGCUUUUCCAGCAUCAGUUCCAGGAAGCGAGCAGCUCCUGCAUCUUACUGUGAUUUUAGACUCUUCAGUUCAGACUCUCCUCCUCRGUUUCUUUUUGUUUCUGCAGAGAUUUAAUUUGUGUUGAUGCUGGAAGGGCGUGCACAUUAAAGUGUAAACUUCUGAUGAAAAUAAAACUGUUUUAACUCAUUCCACACCGCAGGGAGCUCAGGCUGAGCCGCUUCGUCGCGCAUGUUCUCACCACACUCCGCGGCCCGUUUCACAUGUUCUGCUUCCUGUUUUUACUUCCUGCUUUGUUUUCAACACUUGGACAUUAAAUUGUUUUGUAUUUUCAA